GGAGGAAGAGGACCUGGUCACAGAGGAGAAGGAGGAGGAUGUGGCCAUGCAGGGGGAAGAAGAGGCGGAAGAGGAGGUAGAGGACCUGGCUAUAGACUAGGAGGACCCAGGAACAGAGGAGGACGAGGAUGUGCCAAUGCAGGGGGAUGAAGAAGAGAAGGAGAUGGACCUAGCCCUGGAGGAGGAGGAGCAAGAGGACCUGGCCAGAGAGGAGGACGAGAAGGAGGAAAAGGAGGAGGAGAACCUGUCCAGGGAGGACCUGACCAUAGAGGAGGAAGUGGAGGAGGGGGAGGACCGGGCCAUGGGAAUGGAGCAUGUCGUCAUGGAGAAGAAAGCGGAAGAGGAUGACUUGGAUGAGGAAGAGGAUGAGGAGGGCAAAGCCAAGUCCUCCUCCACCUCCAUGGCCAGGUCCCCCUUGCCCAGAUGCAUAAAUAGGGAAGUAAUGAGUAGGAGCAAGGAGGGGAUCUUACCUCUCUCUAUAGCAUUGGUGAGAGAGAUAAUGGAAUGGUGACGUCCAGUUCUGGUGUCUGUGUUUUUAAAGGAUGGUGUUAAAUUGGAGAGGGUGCAGAAAAGAGUCACACAAAUGAUCUGAGAGCUGGAGAAAAUGACCUACAGUGAGAGACUCAAAUUGUAGGUGGGUGAAAUUUAAUGGCCUGGAACAUUCAGGAGAUCAGAUGAGAUGAUCCAAUGGUACCUUCUGGCCUUAAGCUCUAUGAAACUCUAUGAACCAUCGUCUCCCCCCUCCCCCCCCCCCGCUCCGAUGUGCUUCACCGCACAGAAGGGUGGCUGGACAGCCUGGAAUGGCCCUGCUCCAAAGCGGCCCUGGCGGAGAAGACAGCAGAACUAACUGAGAGCUGCCCCAGGACUCUGGGCCCAGCUCUGUCCUCUCCAGCUCCAUGGACCGCACGUGAAACCUCCCGUACCAGAAGCUCCUGCCUGGCUCCCCCAGCUCCGGUGCUGCUCAGUCCAGAGACGCUGCCUCUUCCAUGGCCAGGUUCUCCUCCACCUACUGAACAGCCUGCGGUGAUGGGUAAGGGAACCCAUGGCCACACGGAGACACCAUGGGCACGGAUGGGGAUUGAAUCUGGGCCCUUCACCAUCACGGGCACAAGCCUGCCAGGCUCCCAUUCAGGUAGCCAUGGAAGGCUCUGCCUGCAGACACCCCCUCUCCAUUCCCACUGCCAGACUCUUGCCUGCGGUGACAACGAAGGAGCAGGAGAACUCCUGGGGGAGAACCCCCGGGCUGCACAGUCGGGUGUCAAUAUUGAAAGGUGCCUUUUGGCCUCUAAGUGCCUCUUUUACUCAGCUGUUUAGCCAUGGGGGCAUUUUUUUUAUCCUUGCACGGGUUUGUUUUUUGUUUGCGGUGUACAUUUAGUGUGAGCCUCUAGUACAGUGUUUUUAAACAGUCUCCGUGCGCUUGGCUGGCAUUUCAC